AUGGAAUCAAUGUCCAAAAAAGUGGGAGCAAUGGGUGGUAACAUGGGAGGAACAUUCGACGAUGGAGUUUUCGAUGGUGUGAAGAAAAUAGUUGUCGGAAAAGACUUCCAUAGUGUAACAUAUAUUAAGAUCGAGUACGAAAAGGACGGAAAUUUUGAAACUCGUGAACACGGGAUGCUUCGCGGGGAACUUAAAGAGUUUUCGGUGGAUUAUCCAAAUGAAUAUAUCACAUCCGUUGGUGGAAGCUACGAACAUGUUUUCAGCUAUGGAACAGUGUUGAUCAAAUCCUUAAUCUUCAAAACCUCCUAUGGAAGAACCUCUCCGAUACUCGGUCAUACAACAAUAUUUGGACGUCCAGAAGGGAGAGAAUUCAUGCUCGAGGGUAAAAAUGGAGGAAAGCUUCUUGGUUUUCAUGGACGUGCUGGUCAAGCUCUUGAUGCAAUUGGACCUUACUUCUUCUCUGUGAAUUCUCCUCUUAAGCACUUUACAAGUCAAGGUGGGAAUGGUGGGAAUGCUUGGGACGAUGGCGCUUUCGACGGUGUUAGGAAAGUGCUCGUUGGAAAAGGUGGUAAGUUUGUAAGUUAUGUUAGGUUUGAGUAUGCGAAAGGUGAAAGAAUAGUACCACAUGCUCAUGGGAAGAGACAAGAGGUUCCACAAGAGUUUGAAGUGGAUUAUCCUAAUGAACAUAUUACAUCAGUAGAGGGAACCAUCGAUGGCUACCUUACAUCGCUUACGUUUAAAACAUCAAAAGGAAGAACUUCCCCUGCUUUUGGAAAUGUGGUUGGUAGGAAAUUUGUGUUCGAGGAGAAAGAUUUCAAGCUUGUCGGGUUUUGUGGUCGGUCCGGUGAUUCUAUUGAUGCUCUUGGUGCACAUUUUGCGCCUUUUCCAGCUCCAGCUCCUGCUUCGUUAACUCCAACCUUUAAACUUCCAGCAAAAGGUGGAAACGGGGGAGUUUCUUGGGACGAUGGUGAACAUGAUAAUGUGAGGAAGGUUUAUGUAGGACAAGGCGACUCUGGUGUGGCCUUUGUUAAGUUUGAGUACAAUAAGGGAACGGAAUUGCUUGCCGGAGAGGGUCACGGAAAAAAGUCAUUGCUCGGAACAGAGGAGUUCGUAGUUGAUCCAGAUGAUUACAUCACAUCUGUGCAAGUUUACUACGAGAAACUCGUUGGCUGGGAGGCAGAAAUUAUUACGGCUCUUAUAUUCAAGACAUUCAAGGGCAUAACCUCUCAGCCAUUUGGACUCACCACAUACGAUAUGUUCUUGCUAGAAGGCGGCAAAAUCACCGGUUUUCAUGGAACUUCGAGCGACGUUCUUCAUUCUCUUGGAGCUUAUAUGUCUCUUUCGCCUACUCCGACGUUGCGUGGCAAGUGGAUCCAGGUGGAGCAAAAAGGCAAGGGUCCUGGACCAAGAUGCUCACACGCUAUAGCAACGGUUGGAGACAAAAUGUACUCUUUUGGAGGAGAGUUAACACCAAAUUUCCACAUCGAUCGAGACCUCUACGUCCUCGAUUUCAAGACUCACGCAUGGUCUAUUGCUACUCCAAACGGCGACGUUCGUCACCUCCCUUGCUUAGGCGCUUGCAUGGUAGCCAUUGGCACUAAACUCUACGUCUAUGGUGGCCGUGACGGCCACCGCAAUUACAACGGUUUCUACUCUUACGACACGGUAAAAAGCGAGUGGAAACUCAUUACUGACCUCGAUAAAGGACCUGAACCGCGUAGCUUCCACUCUAUGGCUGCUGAUGACAAAAACAUCUAUGUGUUUGGUGGAGUGAGUAAGACGGCACGUCUCAACACACUUCAUGUUUAUAACAUUGUAGAUCAAAAGUGGAUUGAGCUACCGAAUCCAGGAGAUUCUUGCAAAGCGAGAGGUGGACCUGGGCUCGCGGUUGUUCAAGGGAAGAUUUGGGUUGUGUAUGGAUUUUCCGGGGUUGAAAUGGAUGAUGUUCAUUGCUUUGAUCCUGUUCAAAGUAAGUGGACUCAAAUGGAAACAAAGGGCGAAAAACCAUGGGCAAGGAGCGUGUUUGCGAUAGCGGUUGUGGGGAAAUAUAUAAUAAUAUCUGGAGGUGAGAUAGAUAUGGACCCAAAGGCUCAUUUGGGACCAGGGAAAUUGAGCGGUGGGGCUUUCGUGUUGGACACGGAAAGUUUGGUGUGGGAGAAGCUCGAGGAUGGUCAUAGCCCGCGCGGAUGGUGCGCGUCCACGUUUGCUUCAAUUGAUGGAAAAAAAGGAUUAUUGAUGUAUGGAGGGAAGGCUCUGACCAAUGAUCGGUAUGAAGACAUCCUUUUCUAUGGAGUAGACUCUGCUUAA